CGUCGCGCAUGCGCAGUAUUCAACGCUACCGGACGAAGAGAUUACGGUUGAGGGCUGAUUUUACUUGGAUUACACAGACUAUUAAACAAUUGAUUCCGGUUUUUGCUGUCAUCUGGUGUUAUAUCGGUGUGGGGAAACGUGUGGCUAUGGCGGCAAUGACACUUAAUGUCUAACACCAGGUAACGUUAGCUGUGCUGUAGAGCUCGAGCAGAGUGCAAUAGGAAGUGAAGCUGUGGUCAUUAGCCAGCUAGCAGCAGGCGGCGGUGUCCUGGAGACAAUCUACCUGACACUCACUAGACUCAAGGCUUUUGUUUUCACAGGUGCUUCCUUGGCUAUGAGGGUCCCUGAUGUCCAAGCUGGAGUGUGAACUUGACCUGUACUGACUCUUCAGUUUUACAUAGCAGGCCAGAGAGAUAUUUUUGAUGCGAGACAGAAGCCUGUUUAGCUUUUAGCCAAGCCAAUUUGAUGCUGGAAUAAUUUCAAAUCCCUCCUGGGGAUGGCUAAGUGAGUACCCCGGUCUGAGCCAAGGAGAUUAAGAUCAUAUUAGAUUUUUAAGGGAAGCAAAGACGAACACCUGUUUGAUUGAGCUGCCAAAUCCGGACCAUUCUGCUUUCAUUGAUUUUGACAUCUCUUUUUUGCAUAAGACUGUGUCUGUCUCUUUCCUCACGCUCUUCCACUGUGUGUGAAAAGACUCAGUCAUUGCUUAUCAUCUUCUUUAGUAUAGGGUUGCCUUCAGCAUUUACGUCCUCAUUCUGUGGCCUUGGAUGCAUGACUUUAUUCAUCAUAGUCAACAUUUCCCUUCAGCUGGGUUUAAAAAAAAAGUCAAGCUAAAGAAAGAGGGAACGUGACAUAAAGUCUUUUUUACUCUCCUCUGCUGUCCUCUUUGCACUGCUUUGUUGAAACCACCAUUCACUGUGAUUACUUUGCCUCCUUGGCCCACUGAAAGAUAGGCAUUUUAUAGAGAAUGAAGGAUUGAUCCUAGCCCUGUGAGUCAAAAGGAUUGCACAAGCAUACGUGUACACAAACUGUGCAGCAACACAGGGCUCCCUGUUUGGGCUGCCUCUGUUUGGGCCAUGUGCUGCAUUUUCUCUCCCCUUUCUCAGUUCCUGUGGGUUUGAAUGAUUGAGGACGAGAGCCACAGGCUUGGCAGUGCUUCAUUUGUAUUUGACUUCGUGCUUGGCUAUUGUUGCUGACCAAUAUCCUGACCCCUGCUCUUGAGAUUGGAGCUCUGUGGUUAUGCAGAGGGAUAGACACGAAGUCUUGCUGACAAAGCCUGACCUUCUGGGGCAACGUGCACUUUAAAGGAUUUCCAUUUUUUCAUCCAAGUUGUACAUAGGCAAUUUUUUUUUUUUUUUUUUUUUUUUUUUAAAAUACCAUCUGUGCUUGCUGCAAUACUGUUUUCAUAACAGCACAGGAUGAAACUGAAAAAGCAGGUGACUGUGUGCGGUGGGGCCAUCUUCUGUGUGGCUGUCUUCUCUCUUUAUCUGAUGUUGGAUCGUGUCCAGCAUGACCCAGGCAGAAGACAGAAUGGGGGAAACUUCCCAAGGAGCCAGAUUUCCGUCUUGCAGAACCGCAUUCAGCAGCUGGAGCAGCUUCUGGAGGAGAACCACCAGAUAAUCAGCCACAUUAAAGACUCUGUCCUGGAACUUACGGACACAGGUGCUAUCUCCCCCAGUGGCCAACUUCCAUUUCGCAGUGCGAAUGGCUCCUGGGUGUUGCCUUUCGAUGGCAGACCCACCUUCCUCAACAUAAAACCCCAAGACUGCCAGUUUGCACUUGGCCGCCAUGGCCAGAGCGACCUGCAGAUGCUGGAUGUGUACUCUCUUCUGAGCUUUGAUAAUGUGGAUGGAGGUGUGUGGAAGCAGGGAUUUGAUAUCACAUAUGAGCCCACAGAGUGGGACAAUGAACCCCUGCAAGUAUUUGUGGUACCCCACUCUCAUAAUGACCCAGGUUGGGUCAAAACCUUUGAUAAAUAUUAUUUUGACCAGACACAACAUAUUUUAAACAACAUGGUGGUCAAGCUUGCAGAGGACCCUCGUAGGAAAUUCAUCUGGUCUGAGAUAUCCUACUUUGUUAAGUGGUGGGAGAGUGCAGACACUCAAAAACAGGAGGCAAUGCGCAAAUUGAUCCUGGGAGGGCAGAUGGAAAUUGUGACAGGCGGAUGGGUAAUGACAGAUGAAGCCAACAGUCACUACUUUGCCAUGAUUGACCAGCUUAUUGAAGGGCAUCAGUGGAUGGAAAAACACUUGGGUGUGACUCCUCGCUCAGGGUGGGCUGUUGACCCUUUUGGCCACAGUGCCACCAUGCCUUACUUACUGAAGAAAGCCAAACUGACCAGUAUGCUGAUUCAGAGGGUCCACUACUCUGUUAAGAAGCAUUUUUCCUCCACACAGAACCUGGAAUUCAUGUGGAGACAGGCUUGGGAUCCUCAGUCAGGCACAGACCUAUUCUGCCACAUGAUGCCCUUUUACAGCUAUGAUGUGCCACAUACAUGUGGCCCUGACCCAAAGAUCUGCUGUCAGUUUGACUUUAAAAGACUACCAGGCAGCAGAAUCAACUGCCCCUGGAAGGUGCCCCCACAGGCCAUCUCUGAGGCUAAUGUAGCCGAAAGGGUUCGAACACUUUUAGACCAGUAUCGCAAGAAGUCUAAGCUUUUCCGUAGUAAAGUUCUGCUGGUACCAUUGGGAGAUGAUUUCCGGUACGAUAAAGCCCUAGAGUGGGACCAACAAUAUAUCAACUACCAGAAGCUUUUUGAUUACAUGAACUCCCACCCCGAAUUGCAUGUUCAGGCCCAGUUUGGCACACUUACGGACUACUUCAACGCUCUAUAUAAGGCUAAUGGGGUGGGGCAGGGGAUGAGACCACCUGGUUACCCUGUACUGAGUGGAGAUUUCUUUGCUUAUGCUGACCGUGAGGAUCAUUACUGGAGUGGCUACUACACAUCUAGACCUUUCUACAAAAAUCUAGAUCGUGUGCUUGAAUCCCAUCUUAGGGGGGCAGAGAUUCUCUACAGUUUGGCUGUUGCACAUGCGCGCCAUGCAGGAAUGGAAGGCCGCUAUCCCAUCUCAGACUACACUCUUUUGACAGAUGCUAGACGCAACGUUGGCCUCUUUCAGCAUCAUGAUGCCAUCACCGGCACUGCCAAGGAGGCAGUUGUCAUAGAUUACGGCACCAGGUUAUUGCGCUCACUUGUUGGCUUGAAAAGAGUGAUCAUUAAUGCAGCACACUUCCUCAUAAUGAAAAAUAAAGAUGUUUAUCGCUUCUACCAGACUGAGCCCUUCUUGGAAACGGAUGACAGGCGUGCCACACAGGACUCUUUACCCCAACGCACUUUGAUUGAAUUGGACGCCUCCUCUGCCAGGUACCUUGUGCUGUUUAACCCUGUGGAGCAGGAGCGUCUGUGUGUGGUCACUGUACUGGUGAACUCAGUACGGGUUCGAGUGCGCACUGAGGAUGGCCAGACCCUACCAGUACAGCUCAGUGCACAGUGGAGUUCAGCUUUGCAGAUGGAUGGAGAAGUCUACCAGGCUUCCUUCAUGGCCCGACUCCCUCCACUGGGAUUGGCUGUGUUCCAUUUGUAUGACUCGACUGACUCUCCCAUGACUUUUCACUCUGAUACAUUGCUAAGGGUUCCAGGGAGGAGUCAGAGUGUGCAAAGUAUGGAUCCCCUUCCUGUGCAUUCUUUGGUGGCUGAUUCGCUGCCCUUUUACAUCAGGACCCAGUCUCUCACACUGGGCUUUUCUGGCACCACAGGCCUAUUGGAGAGUAUCCACCGUAAAGAUGACCCUCAGGAGGUGAGGGUGCAAAUCCAAUUCCUCACCUACGGGACUCGGGCUUCCAAGGACAAGAGUGGAGCAUACCUCUUCAUACCGGAUGGCAUUGCCGUGCCAUACGUGCAGAAAGAAACUCCAACUGUGCGUGUUGUGGAGGGUCCUCUGUUUUCUGAGGUGGUCACAUAUUACCAGCACUUCCAGCAAACAGUCCGCAUACACAACAUACCAGGUGUAGAUGGUCUGUCUCUGGACAUCACCACCAUGGUGGACAUCAGGGACCAGAAUAAUAAAGAGCUGGCCAUGCGUUUAGUCACUGACAUCCAGAGUGAGGACAAAUUCUACACAGACCUCAAUGGUUUACAGAUCCAGCCACGCAGGUACUUCCAGAAGUUACCACUGCAGGCCAAUUUCUACCCCAUGCCCACCAUGGCCUACAUACAGGACAGCCAGUACCGCCUGACCUUGCACACGGCCCAGGCCCUCGGAGUCACCAGCCUUGCCAGUGGUCAGUUGGAGGUGAUUAUGGACCGUAGAUUGAUGCAGGAUGAUAACAGGGGUCUUGGACAAGGUCUGAAGGAUAAUAAGAGGACCGCUAACCGCUUCCGGCUCCUGUUAGAGAGGAGAUCCAGUGGCAGCAGGCUUGUGGGUUCUUAUGCCAAAAUCAGCCACAUGAUAAGUAAAGUCAUCGCUCAUGUUUUAGGAGACAGCAAGAAAGAGACUGUUGACAGUGGACCAGUCAGCUUCCCCUCUUUGCUAAGUCACUUGACUUCUACCAUUUUGAACCAUGAGGUGCUGGCAUUGCCAGUCAUUCCAAAGAAACGUGGCAUUCCCCUUCUCCGCACCUUUUCCCCACUGGCCACAGCCCUUCCCUGUGACGUCCAUCUGCUUAACCUCAGGAGCAUCCAGAGCCAGGACCCUAACUCUCCCUCCCCGCACACUGCUCUCCUGUUGCAUCGGCUGGGUCUAGACUGUGGCCUCGAGAUUCAGAACCCUGGGUUCAACUGCACUACCACGCAGGGCAAGCUGGCCGUGUCAGGGCUGUUCCGAGGUCUGGACCUGCAGUUGUUGCAGCCUAUGUCGCUGACGUUGAUGUACUCUGAGCCUCCACUCUCCAAUAACUCUGUUAUCACUCUGGAGCCCAUGGAGCUUUCUACCUUUAAGCUCAAACUGCACUAAGGCCUUGUGACACCAGCACAGCCUGCAAACAACAGUGCAGAAAGACAGCAC